AUGCUAUCCCGAAAACACAUUGCUGUUUUGUUGAGCUUAUUAUGCUUGGCCAGGGCUUGCACUCCUGCUGCUGAACCAAAGACUAUCGGAACGGUCAAACUAGUUGCGAACCCCUCGGUUGGAUGGACAUAUUAUGACACUGUGGCACCACCGAAUUUUCCAUCAGGCUCAACCUGGAACCUGGGUUCUCUUGGUGGUGGUCAGACAGCUGACCCAGCUGCUGCAGAGCAAGCAAUUCAGGACAACAUCGAAGUGGCUGUUUUCCACGCUCUCCAAGACAACAAUAUUAUCGUUAACAUCAAAUCAACAACGAACACUUUCAAAACAUUCAUGGCCGAUACAAAUCCUCCACUAGUUUGCAAAGCCGUUGACAUGAUUGUCAGUUGUACUUCGGAUGAGGGCACAGAUGGUGCAGAGAUGUCAGGUGAGAUCACAAUCGAGCUAGAGACAGCGCUGCCCGAAGGAGAAUUUGAGAUUCUGCUCCAAGGGGUCAUCGAUGAUCUAGAGGAGCACAGUCGAAUCGAAAUCGUUUCCAGUGCCGAUGUUAUCUUUUCAUACAAGCCC